ACUGAUUGUGGAGAUACUUUGGGAAAAAAAAAAAUUGCAUUCCCAGGAGAGCUCCUGUUUCGGCGGGAUACAGAUUCUUAUUGUCCACGAGAGAAGGGGAAAAAAACAAAAGAAGGUCUUUGCACCUAAAACCCUCCAAAGGCACGUCGGGUUCCGCUCCCAGUCCCAUACAGAGCAGAGACGUCGCAGAAAUGGGAAAGAAGAGAAGAACCGAUUCAGAGGCAGAAACAGAAGCGAAAGAGCAACAAAACGAUUGCGAGCUUACUAAUGGUGAUGCUCACAAGAUGAAGAAGCUCCGGAAGAAGGAAAAGAAAAGAAACAUUGAGAAGGAGGAUCACGAAGCCAAGGAAAUGCCUACUGUCAGCAUUGCCGUGCCUGGUUCCAUCAUUGACAAUACACAAUCUUACGAGCUUGCUACUCGAUUGGCUGGUCAAAUAGCUCGUGCCGCCACUAUUUUCCGAAUCAACGAGGUUGUCGUAUUUGACAAUAAAAGUAACAUCGAUAAAGACCACAAUAUUGCGAAGCCGGAUGACACAGACGAAGAAAGUGGUGCUGCUUUCCUCAUAAGAAUCUUACAGUAUCUUGAAACGCCACAAUAUUUGAGAAAGGCUCUCUUCCCAAAACAUAACAGCCUGAGAUUUGUGGGCUUGUUGCCACCCCUUGAUGCUCCGCACCAUUUACGUAAACAUGAAUGGGGUCCAUAUCGAGAAGGUGUCACCCUAAAAGAAAAAGAUUCAAACUCUGGUGGAACACUAGUUGAUGUGGGUUUAAGUAAGCAUGUUUUAGUCGACCAAGAACUUGAGCCACAAAGAAGAGUUACUGUGGCAAUGGGUGCCAACCGCAAUUUGGAUGCAGAUUUACCACAUCAGAUUGUCUCAUGGUCCAAGCCUAGGGAAGAAGGAUUAUACUGGGGAUAUCAAGUGCGUUAUGCACAUAAUCUGAGUUCAGUGUUUAAGGAUUGCAAAUACAAGGGUGGCUAUGAUCAUAUAAUCGGUACCUCUGAGCAUGGUCAGAUUAUCAAGUCAUCUGAUCUUAAAAUUCCUUCCUUCAGACACUUGCUGAUUGCCUUCGGUGGACUUGCUGGGUUAGAAGAAUGCAUUGAAGAAGAUGAUGCAUUGAAGGGGGAAAAUGCCAACGAUGUAUUUGAUACAUACUUAAACACAUGUCCUCAUCAGGGGAGCCGAACGAUCCGGACUGAGGAGGCUAUUUUUAUCUCUCCAGUAUUUCCAAGAACCAAUCAGCAGCGCAUUGCAGGGUUGAACGUUGAGUUAGUCAAGAAUACAAGUGGUCAUGAAACAUUCACUGCAAUGGCAUUAUUUCCCGUUCAUGGAUCCCCUCAGAUUUAGUUCAGGCGACAAUUCUCCAAGCAUUCAAUGCAAAAGCCAAAUUUGAAUCUCUUCCCAUACUUAACAUUUUAAAGAGAGCACCAUGUUGUUCACUUGAACUACUGUUCUUUUCAGGACCUUUAUGAAGUUGUUAACACACCUUGUUUACUUAAUUAUCAACUUUCACGCUGGCCCAACUGUAUAUAUGGCUUUUAUAAUUGCUUAUGGGUUAUGUUGGAUUUUGUGCUGGUUCAUCAAUAAAGAAGAUGCAGAAAGUAGUUACGCGUGCCAGUUGUAACUAAUAUCUUGCAUAAAAGUGUUAACUUUUGUCUUUCC